AUGCCUGGAAGGUCAAUGGGUAGAGGUCAGACGGAGUCCAAUCUUCUGGUCCUCCAAGUUGGGGAUUCGACCCGAGUUAGCGUCUCAGUUAAAUCAAACUUGGCCGAGGCCAAACAACAGGGAAUCGAACAAGUUGGUUCAUGGGAUCCCUUUCCGAACAAGAUUUACGGAGAGCAGUUGGUCGCUCUAAACCUUGACCGAAUUUCAUAUUGGUUGGCCCGUGGGGCGGAACCCAGCACGCGAGUGGCCGAACUCCUAGGCAUCGCGGGAGUCCUUCCGGUGCAUCCAAGGAGCUAUCUGGUUGCGCAUCGUGCUCGAUCAGCUACUGCGGCUUACACCGAAGAACAGAAAGCAACCAUUGCUCCGGCACCUACAACAGAGGAUGCUGAAACUGAACAAAACACGGGAGACCAGCCACCAGAGCCUAAUCCUAUUAGUCGCCCAGACUCAGUUUGGCGCCGCGGUCGAGAACCCCCUUGGUGGUGGUUUACCGGUCUCACUUAA